CUUCUUCCUCUUCCUCUUCUUCUCCACCCACUUCGACUAGCCUAAUCGCGUGCUCUCGAUCUGCGUGCUCAACCCCAACUGCCCUGCCAAUUCAUCUGCAUACCGCAGUUGCCUCGAAAUAACCUCGCCAAACACCCAUUCCUCCCAACUUCCGCUUGUUCUUUCACAAUGUCUGCUCUUGUACCAGCAGGUGUCUAUGGGCUGCGCGUCCCAGCUGGCGGUAUCCCCGUCCUGGGCAGCCAGAACCCCGGCCUCUCUUUCCGCAUCACCAUGGCCGCCAUUGACCCCACGGCCGAGUCUCUCGGUGACAUGCCUCGCUCGACCCUCAAGAUCCUCCGUGAGCGAAUGGACGACGAGGAUGGCGAAGAUGAUGACAGUGACUACGACGAGGACGAUGUCGAGGGCAUCCGCGCCAAGCUUCGCGAGGCUGGUGUGCUCGGAUCUGAUGACGAUUCGGAUAUGUCCGAGGACGACAGCGAAGAAGAGACCAACGGCGGCCCUAGCGACCCAGUCAAGUCCAAGCAAGCUAAGCGCGAAGCUCUGGAGAAGAAGCUGAAGGAAGAGCUCGAGGCUGAGAUGAUGGAGAUUGACAGCAUCACUGUCAACGGCAAAUCCAAGCACAAGGGCAAGGGAAAGGCCGUCGAUGGCGAUGACGAAAUCAGCAGCGAAGAGGAGGAUGACGACGACUCCGAGUCCGACGACGAGGUUCAAGAACUCGUCCUCUGCACCCUUAACCCCGACACACACUCCCAACAAACCCUAGAGAUCACCGUCCGCGAAGGCGAGGAGGUCUACUUUGUCGCUGUUGGUGGUUAUGACAUCUUUCUCACCGGCAACUACGUCGUUGUCGACGAUGAGGACGAUUCCGAGGAUGACGAGGAUGAUGAGUACGGAAUGGGCUAUGGUGGUGAUGAGGAUGACCUUAGCGAGGAGCUCUCCGAAUCCGAAGAAGAUGAGCUCGAUGGCCUUGAGGACCCUCGCAUCACCGAGGUUGAUUCCGAAGACGAGGAAGCUCCCAAGCUGGUCAAGUCCGACAAGAAAGGCAAGAAGCGUCCCGCUGAGGAAGAGGAGGACGCUACCCUCGAUGACUUGAUCAGCAAGACCAAGAAUGACGCUCCUGCUACCAACGGCGAGAAGCUCAGCAAGAAACAGGCAAAGAAGCUCAAGAACAACGAAGGUCAAGCUGUUGCUGCCGCCGAAUCCAAGAAGGAGGCUAAAGACAAGGCUGAGGCACCUGGAAGCGACAAGAAGAAGGUUCAGUUCGCAAAGAACCUCGAGCAGGGUCCUACCGGCUCUCCCAAGGUUCAGGACGCCAAGAAGGAGACCCCCAAGGGUCCUCGCAACGUCAAUGGCGUUGUCAUCGAUGACAAGAAAGACGGGAAAGGCCGACCUGCCAAGAAGGGUGACCGUAUUGAGAUGAGGUAUAUCGGAAAGCUGAAGAACGGAAAGCAAUUCGAUGCCAACAAGAAGGGCAAGCCUUUCUCCUUCAAGCUCGGUGUUGGUGAGGUUAUCAAAGGCUGGGAUAUUGGUGUCCUCGGUAUGACCGCUGGCAGCGAGCGCCGCCUUACUAUCCCGGCCAAGCACGCCUAUGGCAGCAAAGCCCUCCCCGGUAUCCCUGCCAACUCGGAGCUCACCUUCGACAUCAAGUGCAUCUCUGUCAACUAG